ACGCGCUGCCGGCACGAGGUGGAGCAGGGCUGCGCCGUGCUGCGCGCCACCCCGCUGGCUGACAUGACCCCGCAGCUGCUGCUGGAGGUGUCGCAGGGCCUGUCGCGCAACCUCAAGUUCCUGACAGACGCGUGCGCCCUGGCCAGCGACAAGUCCCGGGACCGCUUUUCCCGCGAGCAGUUCAAGCUGGGCGUCAAGUGCAUGAGCACGAGCGCGUCGGCGCUGCUGGCCUGCGUGCGCGAAGUGAAGGUGGCGCCCAGCGAGCUGGCGCGGAGCCGCUGCGCGCUCUUCAGCGGGCCGCUGGUGCAGGCGGUCAGCGCCCUGGUGGGCUUCGCCACCGAGCCGCAGUUCCUGGGUCGCGCGGCGGCCGUGAGCGCCGAGGGCAAGGCGGUGCAGACCGCCAUCCUGGGCGGCGCCAUGAGCGUGGUGUCGGCCUGCGUGCUCCUGACCCAGUGCCUCAGGGAUCUGGCGCAGCACCCGGACGGGGGCGCCAAGAUGUCGGACCACAGGGAGAGGCUGAGGAACUCGGCCUGCGCCGUGUCUGAAGGCUGCACCCUGCUAUCUCAGGCUUUAAGGGAGAGGUCUUCGCCCAGGACUUUACCGCCAGUGAAUUCCAAUUCUGUGAAUUAGCAACCCCCGGCCCCACCAUCCCUUUCUUCCACCCCCAGGCUGAAGGAAGAUACUUAUUCUUUAUCCCUCUCCAUUUAUACCAAAGAAAUCAAAGGUGAAGCUUCCCCCCAACCCCCUCCCGCCCCCCCCCAUGUUAAAUGCGCGAGAAGAAUCUUCCAGAAGGCAGGGCCAUGCCUCCCAUUAACGCACGCACUCGGAGGGCCCCGGUACCCACCAGCGCAGACACAGUAGGGACCAGGAGAUGGAAGAUGUGUGAUCUGCUGGUUGCAGAAUCACCCCCAACCCCUCCCCCAGCUCCUCUUCCGGAAUUCCUCAACUAAAUUUUAUUAAUUGGGCAGGAAGGAGGUCAUGGGUUCAUUUCUUUUUUGGUCUCCCCACCCCCCUAAUUAAAAGAAAGGUUACCUCAGUUUUCACUCCUUAGACAUGGAUGUAGCUACCUUUUUUGUAUGUUGUUAUUUUUUUAAGCAAUCGUGUUGGAUUAGGCGUAUAUUUGGUAUGGAAAGAGUAUGACAUUGCCAUGUGAUUUGCAAACGGGGGGAAAAGCUACUGUGAGUGUGUGUUUUAUUUUUUAAUUUACACUAUAGAGUGAUUUUUUCCCCCCUAAUGUCAAGUUUUUACCUUGCAUGUACUGGAGUAUUUAUUUCAUCUAUUAAAAUGUUAUGUUUCUCA